AUGGAUAUGGUUGAUAGUUUUAAUGAAGAAGAUGAAGUGAUUCAACACCGUGAAUCAAGUGUUGUGUUUAUUAUUGAUGAGACUUCAUUUGGAAAUGGCACACUUUAUGUUGCUGAAAGUAAACUUUACUGGAAAAAUGAUUCAAUUAAUCAAGUAGUUAGCAUUGAUUAUAAGUCAAUGUGUAUAUUUGGCACUUGUAAUCAUCCAACUGUACAUGAAAAACCUUGUAUGCAAAUAAUGGUUGAUUUUGUUUAUAAACCUAAUGGUAGUAUACUACAAAAUGGAAAUUUACAAGAAAAUCACUCUGUUAAUGAUGAAGACAUUGAAACUGAAGGAAAUGAAGAUGAAGAAGAAGAUGAAGAAAUCAAAUCAAAAAUAAAACUAGUACCUGAAAACCCAGAAUGUUUAAAUGAAAUAUAUGGAGCAUUUACACGUGUUCAGCCAUUGCAUAAUAUUAAUGAAUCUGAUAGUGAUGAAGAAGACAGUGAAUUUCAUUAUAAUGAACAUGAUGAAUUUGAAGACUAUGAUGAAGAUGGUAGUGACCAAUGA